GUCCCCGACCCCUCCCUCGGGGACCGUCCCCUUCUCUUCCGGCCCCCCUGACAGGGCCCUGCCCCCAGGAGCCCCGGAGGCGUCUGGGUAAUGGCAGGAGUCGGGGCCGCAGGGGAGGCCGGGAGUUUGGGUGGCAGCCAGCGGGCCCCUCUCAGGCCCGGGACGCCCAUGGUGGGGAUCGGGCUGGUCCUGGGGGGUCGAUUAUCCAUUCGUUUCCAGCCCACCCGGGUGGUGAAAGACGACCGACAAACCCGAGGGGUGCAGCCGACCGACCGAAAGAUGUGAUGCCCUCCCAGUCGGCAUUCUUCCGCAUCGGGCAACUCAGCAACGUGGAGCUGGACGAUGACCUUCUGGACCCGGAAACGGACACACCUCACCCUUUCCCCAAGGAGAUCCCUCACAAUGAGAAGCUCCUGUCCCUGAAGUACGAGAGCCUGGACUAUGACAACAGUGAAAACCAGCUAUUCCUGGAAGAGGAGCGGAGAAUCAAUCACACGGCUUUCCGCACUGUGGAGAUCAAGCGGUGGGUGAUCUGUGCCAUGAUCGGCAUCCUGACCGGCCUCGUGGCCUGCUUCAUCGACAUAGUGGUGGAGAACCUGGCGGGGCUGAAGUACAGAGUGGUCAAAGACAAUAUCGACAAGUUCACAGAGAAAGGGGGAUUGUCUUUCUCUCUGUUGCUCUGGGCCACGUUGAAUUCCGCCUUUGUGAUCGUUGGCUCCAUAAUUGUGGCGUUUGUAGAGCCCGUGGCCGCAGGCAGUGGAAUCCCACAGAUUAAGUGCUACCUCAAUGGCGUCAAGAUCCCCCAUGUGGUCCGGCUCAAGACCCUGGUGAUUAAAGUGUGUGGGGUGAUCUUGUCCGUGGUUGGAGGACUGGCUGUUGGCAAGGAAGGGCCCAUGAUCCACUCCGGAGCGGUCAUAGCAGCCGGGAUUUCCCAAGGAAGGUCCACCUCUCUGAAGAGGGACUUCAAGAUCUUCGAAUAUUUCCGCAGAGAUACCGAGAAGCGGGACUUCGUCUCAGCCGGAGCUGCGGCCGGGGUGUCGGCUGCUUUCGGAGCUCCCGUGGGUGGCGUCCUUUUCAGCUUGGAAGAAGGCGCCUCCUUUUGGAAUCAGUUCCUGACAUGGAGAAUUUUCUUUGCCUCCAUGAUCUCCACGUUCACGCUGAAUUUUGUCCUGAGCAUCUACCACGGAAACGUGUGGGACCUCUCCAGCCCGGGUCUCAUCAAUUUUGGAAGGUUUGACACUGAGAAAAUGGUGUACACCAUCCAUGAGAUCCCCAUCUUCAUAGCCAUGGGCGUGGUCGGUGGGAUCCUAGGAGCAGUAUUCAAUGCCUUGAAUUACUGGCUGACUAUGUUUCGAAUCAGGUACAUACACCGGCCUUGCCUCCAGGUAAUCGAAGCCAUGCUGGUGGCUGCCGUCACAGCUACCGUCGCCUUUGUGAUGAUCUACUCGUCUCGGGAUUGCCAGCCGCUUCAAGGGAAUUCGAUGUCAUACCCUCUUCAGCUGUUCUGUGCAGAUGGCGAAUAUAACUCCAUGGCAGCAGCCUUCUUCAACACCCCGGAGAAGAGCGUUGUCAGCCUCUUCCACGACCCUCCAGGUUCCUACAACCCCAUGACACUGGGCCUGUUCACCCUGGUCUAUUUCUUCCUGGCCUGCUGGACCUACGGACUCACCGUGUCUGCGGGUGUCUUCAUUCCCUCUCUCCUCAUCGGGGCCGCCUGGGGACGACUCUUUGGCAUCUCCCUGUCCUACGUCACUGACGCAGCGAUUUGGGCCGAUCCUGGCAAGUACGCGCUGAUGGGGGCCGCGGCCCAGCUCGGCGGGAUCGUGAGAAUGACGUUGAGCCUGACAGUCAUCAUGAUGGAGGCCACGAGCAACGUCACGUACGGUUUCCCCAUCAUGCUGGUCUUGAUGACGGCAAAGAUCGUCGGAGACUUUUUCAUUGAGGGAUUGUACGAUAUGCACAUCCAGCUGCAGAGUGUGCCUUUCCUCCACUGGGAGGCCCCAGUUACCUCCCACUCCCUCACUGCCAGAGAAGUGAUGAGCGCCCCCGUCACCUGUCUGCGGAGGGUGGAGAAAGUCGGCGUCAUAGUGGACAUCCUCAGCGACACUUCGUCUAACCACAACGGAUUCCCCGUGGUGGCAUGCACCGACGACACCCAGCCAGCGAGGCUACAGGGAUUAAUCCUGCGCUCCCAACUGAUCGUCCUGCUAAAACACAAGGUGUUUGUGGAGCGAGCCAACCUGAACCUGGUCCAGCGGCGGCUGAAGCUGAAGGACUUCCGGGACGCCUACCCCCGUUUCCCCCCGAUCCAGUCGAUCCACGUGUCCCAGGAUGAGCGGGACUGCAUGAUGGACCUGACGGAGUUCAUGAAUCCGUCCCCGUACACAGUCCCUCAGGAAGCGUCACUUCCGAGAGUGUUCAAGCUGUUCCGGGCUCUGGGGCUGAGGCACUUAGUGGUGGUGGACAAUGACAACCAGGUGGUGGGGCUGGUAACCAGGAAGGAUCUGGCGAGAUACAGACUUGGAAAAGGAGGGCUGGAAGAACUCUCCCUGGCCCAAACGUGAGGGUCCCAGAAUCCCCUUUCUCCUCUAGCCCUUCUGCCGGGCUUCCGCUCUGGCCCCCAACAACUCUCCUCUCCUCCCUUCCCCCCCCGGCCCGGGGGCCUCUGGGAUGGUCCGACCCAGUCGCCUCGCCUCUGGGGUCGACGGAAGAGCCAAGUGUCGCUGGCUUUCAAGCCCACCACCCCGGGCUUCCCCGUCUCAGUUUCCGGUCUCGUAAUUUUUAAUUCGAUGUACUCCGUGGGUCGCGCUGUUUACAUUUUAUUGCUUUUCCCUCUGGUCGGUCUCCAGUGAGCUCCAUUCGGGACCUCUCUCUCUCUCACGUUCAUCGACCGUAGAGGGAUCAAGUGGGUUUUUCACUUUCCUUCCUGCACAUGCUCGGGCCCCUAGAGCAAAUGGGAAGGGGUGAUGGGGAGAGGAAUUGAGCAUGAGAGAACCAGGGGCCUUUCCCUACCCGAGUUGUCAAUUUAGCCUCCUCCUGAACACCGCGUUGCUGACUUUGCUGCUGCUGCCGGCCCGGGGGGCCCUGGCUGGCCUCCAUCGCUCCGGGGGCGGGACUCCCAGCCCCCCAUCUCCACCCGGGCCUCCGGCUGCUCCCAUCUGCAGUCUCUCCCAGCUGAUUCCUACCCCGCCGCCUCCUUCCUUUCAGUCAAACGGGCCCAUCCCUACCGGUUGGGGCGGUUUUCAGAAGGGAGCCCAGGGACAAUGGCCCAAACGGUCUCCUGGAGCCGGGCCGAGGCCUAACCCUGGACUCGAGGCAACCAGAGGGUUGUCUCUCACCCUCUCUUGUCCUCCUUGGUCGCUGGGGGAGCGAGGGAGGAACUGGAACCCCUCUCUUUGCUGGAGCCCCAGCAUCAGGGCAUGGCUGAGCGAGAGGCGACAUUGGGCAGAGGCAGGUGGGGCCGGAGGAUGUAGGCCUUUCUCAUCGCCAGCGGCUGGUCCGGCCUCUCCUGGCUGGCAUCCCAGCCGGCCACGAUCGUCAAAAGGCUUGCCGGCACAGUCCCGGUUCACUCUGGGGCCUUUGGGAUAUGCCAUCCCCAACUGAUGGGGUCAUCCCAGCGAUGAGCCAAGGAACUGCUCAUGAGCGAACACGCUCACCACUGCCUGGCGGGGUUGGCGUCUGGGGCCGCACAGCUCUCCCUGCCCCCGGCCACUCGGUUCGCUCAAACAUUCCGGGGCGGGGCAGGCCACAGAGGCCUUCCUGGCUAUCCAAGCACCGCCCAGGGUCCCACCUAACAGCGAGAAGUGCCGGGGCCGUGCUGAAAGAUUUCCCUUUGGCAAUCUGCUGGUCUCUCCCUCACCACCCCACAAGGGCCGAGGAGGGAGAGGAGCUGACGAUGAUGAUUCUUGCUCCGUGCCGAUCACAGUUUCUGGGCCGAGCGGUCACCUGCCGGGGUUCAGACACCUGGGACCCAUCUUCUCUGCCCUCUGGCAGAGCCAACCGGGUAGCCGGGAAGUUGAUGGGAGCGGCCGGGUAGUGGCUGUCAUUGAUGCAUGCUGGGUCCUUGAGGACCGGCCGUCCGCAGAGAUAGGCGGCUACGUUGAUGAGUCCCGGAUGGUCGGCGCUUGCCGCCAGGGCUGGCGGGGGUCUCCUCCCCGCCACCUCCGGGCACAUGGGUUCUGCUCUCUUUCUUUGUCCAAUCCGCUGACCAAUUGUCCCGCUGAGCCCUGAGGGACACUCUCUACAAACACCCUUCUCUUGGGGGGUUGCCUUCGGAGGAACCGAACUUUCUAGUUCAGGUUUUUAUAGUCUGGGCACCUGCCACACUUUUGGGGGGUGGUUUUAAUCUCUAUCGUGGGUGGUGGGUUCCUCAGAGACAGGGCCUUCUCCCCGGGACCACGUGCCGGGCAGGGAGGAAUGGUGGGGUGAGAGUAUCCGAAUGUCAGAAAUAAAAGGAGUUGAAAUCAA